ACUUGGAGGAAAUUUUAGAUAGAAAGAAUGAUGAAAUAGAGGCAUUGAAGUCCCUCUACAAAGCCAAACUAAAUGAAGCUGAGGACAUGAUUAGAAAACUGGAGAAAAAAGUUCAGACCCUUGUUCGUGAGUCACAAGUCAUCAAAGAAUCGAAAGAUAAGCAGAUUGUGGAGUUAAAGAAGAUGUGUGAGCAAAGCAAUGAUUCUUUGAACAAUGAGUGGGAGAAAAGGCUUCACAAUGCCGUGGCUGAGAUGGAGAAGGAGAAGUUUAAUAUUCGGAAGAAGCACACAGAAGAUAUGCAGGAUCUGCUUAAGGACACCAGUGCUCGUCUUAACAAAAUGGAGGAAGAUUAUUUGGAACAGAUAAAGUCAACCAACCAGACGGUCAAAAAACUGGAGGCUCGUGUGCAGCAGUUGACAGUUGAGGCUGAAAAUAGUAAUUUACAGCGUCAAAGAUUAUCUCAAGAAAAGACUGAUGCAGAACAACGUUACCAGGCACUAUGCUCUGAACUUCAGGAAGUGAAAGCAAGGCACAGCUCACUUCAGAAAGACAAGGACCAUAUUAUACAGGAAUAUGAGGAGAACAUUCAGCAACUACAAAGUAAAUAUGAUGUUGAUAUAAAUUUUAUAAAGCAGGAACAUGCUCUCGCAGCAGCUAAGGCAUCUGAUGCCAUUGAAGAAUUGCAGCAUAACGUGUCUCUAUUAAAACAACAGUUACAAGAUGCAGAACGUGAGAAACAGCAAUGGCUGAGGGAUCAAGAAUACAAGCUUCAACAGGAUAAACUUCACUUGGAGCGUGUAUAUGAAAAACAGAUUCAUGGCAUCCGGAAUGAUCUUGAUAAAGAAAGAGGGGAUGCUCAAAAGAAAAUUCGCAAGCUAGAAGAGACUUUGAGGGAGAAGGAGGAGCAGCUGACUCGGGUGACAGAGGUACAGAGGCUGCAGGCCCAGCAGGCAGAUGCUGCCCUGGAGGAGUUUAAGCGGCAGGUGGAGCUGAACUCAGAAAAAGUCUAUGCUGAAAUGAAACAGCAGAUGAAAAAGGUUGAAGCAGAUCUAAGCAGAUCAAAAUCGCUCCGGGAAAAGCAAUUCAAAGAAUUCUCCUGGCAAUUGGAAGAGCUCAAGCAAAGAUAUGAGCAACAGCUGUUAGAUUUGAAAGUAUAUUUUGAAGAAAAAAAAUAA